UUCAUCCUUUUGUUCCUGAGUGAUAGCUUGAUGCAAAGUUCUUUCGGCGUCCAAUUGCGCCUUCUAGGGUCGGCACAGCCGAUCUGGAGCAAUCAAUGCAGAAGGUCGUGUGCACGGCUUGGUUCGGCUUUUGGCCUUCAUGACGCCCGAGCCCGCUUCAUCACUACAUCCUCUUUCGCACUUUCAACGUCAACCCAGCUUUACUGGAACCCGCAACGCUUAUUCUUACAGAGCAGAGGUGGAAUAAGGAGGCCUUUUUCAACGAUGCAUCGCGCGCCCGCAGCUAUGGUCACGAAAGCGAUGACCGAUCCUAAUGUCACGAUUAGGACGCCAAGAGACCCGAAUACGCUGUCUAAUUAUCACAAUUUUGUGAGCAGGCAUACGGUUGCAGACUUUGAACUUGAUUUUGAGGAGAGGGUGCUUAGGGGUGGAAUAAAGUUGACGUUGGAGAGUUUAACGGAGGGGGAGAGUAAGGAGGUGGUGUUGGAUUCGAGUUUCCUGUAUGUUGCGGAUGUCAAAGUUGACGGUAGAACCGCGAAAUGGAAUGUUGGCGACCGCAUCGAGCCCUACGGCAGCCCUCUAUCCAUCAAGCUGGACUCUGGAGUCCCGAAAGGAAAGACGAUCGAAAUCGACAUCAAGCUCUCAACGACCGAUAAGUGCACGGCUCUCCAAUGGAUGACCCCAGCGCAAACCUCCAACAAAAAACAUCCGUAUAUGUUUUCGCAAUGCCAGGCCAUCCAUGCGCGCUCCGUCUUCCCGUGCCAGGACACUCCAGAUGUCAAAUCGACCUUCGACUUCGCUAUCCGCUCCCCACUACCUGUUCUUGCAUCAGGGCUGCCAACGGGGUCGAAAGAGUAUGUGCCUGGGAAGGAUGGAAAGUCAGGAACGCUGCUGUACACGUUCGAGCAGAGAGUCCCUAUUCCAAGCUACCUCUUCGCCGUCGCAAGUGGGGAUCUUGCAUCCGCAUCGAUUGGGCCUCGUAGCACGGUGUGGAGCGGCCCUGAAGAGCUGCUAGACUGUCAGCGCGAGCUUGAAGGCGAGAUUGAGCCAUUCAUGAAAGCUAUCGAAUCCGUAGCUUCGCCGCCUUAUCAAUGGACACAAUACAACGUGCUCAUUCUACCACCUUCGUUCCCCUACGGCGGCAUGGAGAACCCCGUCUGGACGUACGCAACACCUAGCAUCAUCUCUGGCGACAAACAGAACGUCGACGUCAUCGCGCAUGAGCUGUCGCAUUCGUGGUCCGGAAAUCUUGUCAGUGCGGCGAGCUGGGAGCACUUCUGGCUUAACGAGGGAUGGACGACGUAUCUGGAGCGAAGGAUCCAGGGGUAUGUCCAUGGAGAAGCACAUCGACACUUCUCCUCCAUCAUCGGCUGGAAGGCUCUCGAAGACUCGGUCGAGAAAUUUGGCAAGGACCACCCGUACACGAAACUCGUUCUCGAUCUCAAAGGGCAAGAUCCCGACGAUGCCUUCUCUAGCAUCCCGUACGAGAAAGGCUUCCACGCCCUUUAUGCCUUCGAACUGCUCCUUGGAAAGGAGAAAUGGGACUCGUUCAUUCCGCACUACUUCGAGACGUUCAAAUUCAAAUCGGUGGAUAGCUACGACUUCAAAUCCUGCCUGAUCGACUUCUUCGCCAAAGACACCGAAGCGGGCAAGAAACUUGAGGAAUUCGAUUGGGAUAAUCUGUUCUACGCGCCGGGCUACCCCAAGAGACCCGACUUCGAUGACACACUCGUAAAGACGUGCUAUGAGCUUGCCGACAAAUGGAAAGCGCGCGUUGAAGGAGGCGGGAAGUCAACGUUCGAGCCAAGAAAGAAGGAUAUUGAGAGCUGGAUGGCGAAUCAAUCAGUUGUCUUCCUUGAGCGCUGCCAGGCAUUCGCGGAGUCAUUUUCUCCGAAGGAUGUACAUCUGCUAGGUGAUGUGUAUGGGUUCACGACGACGCAGAAUAUCGAGGUCCUGAGCAGAUUCUUAACAAUCGGGCUGAAGGCAAAGGCUGAGAAGACGUAUAAGCCGACUGCGGAGCUGCUAGGCAAGAUCGGGAGGAUGAAGUUUGUCAGGCCAUUGUUUAGGUUGUUGGCGAAGGCAGACCGUGAUCUUGCUGUAGAGACGUUCGAGAAGAACAAGGACUUCUACCAUCCUAUCUGCAGGCAAAUGGUGGAGAAAGACCUUUUCGGCGAGGAGACGAAAUAAUUCGCAUGGAUAGAACGAGCGCAGUAUGUGGCAAAACAGCUUGGGUGGAUAUAGCAAGACCAGGAAAAGGAGGACAUCUCUGAGGUUUAUGGAAGAUCUUCGCGCUCGUAACAUCAUAGUGAAAAUGAUACACGGUGUUCUUUCGCACAGAAGUCGG